UUUCGUGCCGCAAAAAUGUUGUCUGCUGCUAUUAUCCUGUCAUUGGGCUACCUGAUUUGGAGUGCGAGCGCAGGUGGAACGAGCGGGGCCACGACAGUGCUGCCCGUGGUGCUAUGGCAUGGUAUGGGCGACACUUGUUGCUUGCCCUUCAGUUUGGGGUCAAUCAAGAAGCUAAUUGAGGAGCACACGAAUGGGACUUAUGUCCGUUCGCUGAAGAUCGGCGGCAAUGUGGUGCUGGACUACGAGAGUGGCUUCUUCGUGCAUCCCAACGAACAGGUUGAGUAUGUCUGCAAGCAUUUGGCACAGGACGAGCGCCUGGCCAAGGGCUACAACGCCAUCGGCUUCUCGCAGGGCGGCCAAUUUCUGCGAGCGGUGGCCCAGCGCUGUCCCGAACCACCCAUGCGCACGCUGAUCACGCUGGGCGGCCAGCAUCAGGGCGUCUUUGGCCUGCCCAAAUGCCCCACACUGACAGCCACCUCAUGCGAGUACCUAAGCCGCCUGCUCAACGAGGCCGCCUACGAGGAAUGGGUGCAGGACGAACUGGUGCAGGCCACAUACUGGCACGAUCCGCUGCACGAGAACCACUAUCGUCUAGGCAGCACCUUCCUGGCUGACAUCAACAAUGAAUUGUAUCUGAACGAGAACUACAUCGAGAACCUCAACAAGCUGAAAAAAUUCGUUAUGGUCAAGUUUCUCAAUGACACAAUUGUUCAGCCAAAGGAUUCGCAAUGGUUUCAGUUCUAUACAUCCGGCCAGGAUCAGGUCAUUCAGCCCUUCAACGAGAGCAAAGUCUACAAAGAUCUUGGCCUGGACCGUAUGCUGAGGAAGGGCAAGCUGCAGUUUCUGGGCAUCGAGGGCGAUCAUUUGGCCAUUUCCAAGGCAUGGUUUAUAGAGCAUUUGGUGCCGCUGCUGCUGUUGGCGUGAGACGAGGGAGGGAGAGAGAAAGAAAUGACCAAACAGACAGAGAGCGAGAGAAAGCGAAAUAACUCACGAUUUUAACAUUAUAUGACAAUGUACAUACAUAUACACAUACACAUAUUUCUUUUUUAAUUAGAUAUUUAGUAAAUUCAGUUAUUGCAUACAAAAAAAAAAUUAUUACACCUUAAAUGUAAGGAGUUUUCAAGUUGUUUUGCUUUUGUUUUGUAUUCAAUUCAUUUUCGUAUGUCACAAUCUCUGUGCCUAUGUUAAAAAGAUCAAUCGAUAGAUAUACGUAGGAUGUAGAGUAGAGAUAUAGUUAGUUAAAUGUCUUCUUAAGUAGUUAGUUGUUUGUGUGUGUGUGUGGGUGUGUGUGGGUGUGUUUGAUAAAUAUUUCUCUGAAAUAUCUAAUGCAAGGCAACCGCGUGUUCCGACUAUAAUGAUCGUAAAUCGUAACGUAAUUACUUGAUAUAUUAAUGGUAUAUCCACUACUUUAAUAUAACGCUAUGUACAAAAUGAGGCAAAGUAACAAACAAAACAAAAAUCAAACAGAAAAAAAAGAUAUAU